UCUCCACCGGGAGUCACAGGACGGCUCUCCUGGAAUAGUCUAGGGACCUGCUGCGUGGGAUUAAAAUCCGCCUUGUUCUGCGUGGCCGGAGAGGGCAGAUCUGGUGGCUGAACUGGCAGCAGUGGCUGGGAGUUCAAUGUACUUCUCCCACUUCUACGUCGUCUCGGUGCUGUGGAAUGGCUUCCUGCUUUGGUGCCUUACUCAGUCUCUGUUCCUGGGAGUGCCUUUCCCACACUGGCUGCACGGUCUGCUCAGGAUUCUCGGGGCAGCGCAGUUCCAAGUUUACGUGGCCGGGAAGAACCUGCUGAUGCAGGCACGGUGGUUCCACAUCCUUGGACUGGUGAUGUUCCUCUGGUCGUCCGCCCACCAGUACAGAAGCCACGCCAUCCUCGGCGGCCUCAGGAAGAAUAAAGCAGGAGUGCCCGUUCACUGCAGCCACAGGAUCCCCUUCGGAGACUGGUUCGAGUACGUCUCCUCCCCGAACUACUUAGCGGAGCUGAUGAUCUACGUGUCCAUUGCCGUCACCUUCGGGCUCCGGAACUUCACUUGGUGGCUCGUGGUGGCAUACGUCUUCUUCAGCCACGCUCUGGCCGCUCUCCUCAGCCACCGAUUCUACAGAAGCACGUUUGUCUCCUACCCAAAGCACAGGAGAGCCUUCCUACCAUUUCUGUUUUAAAGUAAGCCAGGGGAAUGCCCGCUGCGUGACAGGCCCCGCUCCUUGAGGCAGCGAAGUCUGGGGACUGGAGCGCCGUUUCUGCAGGCCGGCAGCAAACCGCUCCGCUGUUGUGAUAAAGUCAUUGAAGGGGCAAAGCCACACCCCUCAGGAAAACGAAUCUUCAACGUGUCUUCAAAGGAGAAAUACCGGCAGGCCUGUUUGCGCGUCUGCCUUCUGAGAUACUCUCUAAACCCAGACAACUGACCGAAGUACAGCCUUGCCUGAACUGCUCCUCAGGCAGAGGGGCCCAGAGCAGGCCAGCUUCAUGCACACACAUGACAGCGGAGGGGCUAGGGUCACCCCGGAACAGCCUGUGGGGAAG